GUGUUGGAAUAGCUGGGGAGGACAUUUGCUGCUCGGAAUGACUGAGUGAAACGUAACUUAGUGCUGAGAGAAAAGGAGCAGGAGCAGAGAGAGGGGGAAAAAAAAACAGGGAGAACAAUCUUGAGGGGACGGGAGAGAAGCUACUUAACAGACGUGAGACCAGAUGAACACUGCUAACCAAAGUACCCGGCCGCGACUCAUUUCAGGCACGACUACUGGACAAUAAUAUCCUGUCUUUUGGAAAAAAAAGGGAAAAGAUUCGGCUGUUUGGGAGGUAAAAGAUGGAUGAAUGACAGAAGGCGGCCGUGUGAUCCCCUGCUGACUGGAGAGGCGCUUUGCAAAGCCGAUUGAAAGAGACAGAGAGAGAGAGAGAACUCGGGCCCUGUGUCCACAAGCCAUGAGCACCGCUCUGAUGGUGUCUUGCCUUCCGUACGCCGGCAGCUUCAGAGCAGAUGCCCCUCGCCCGCCGGUGCCAGGGGAGGAAGGGGACAGAUGCCAACCCCAUUGCUCCCAGACCACCAAGAAACAAAGCCUCAAGCCCAAAGCUGUUACUUCUGCACCCAGGAGAGAAGACGACGAACUGGGCGAGCCUGAGGGCAGUGCAUCUCCAGAAUCCCCCCUCACCAGAUGGACCAAGUCUUUGCACUCGCUUCUCGGCGACCAGGAUGGAGCCCACCUCUUCCGCACCUUUCUGGAGAGGGAGAAAGGCGUGGACACGCUGGACUUCUGGUUUGCCUGUAAUGGGUUCAGGCAGAUGGACCUCCGAGAUCCCAAGACACUGAGAGUGGCCAAAGCCAUACACAAGCGCUAUGUGGAGAACAGCGCCGUGUCCAGGCAGCUGAAAUCAGCCACCAAAUCUUACAUCAAAGACAGCAUCAAGAAACAGCAGAUUGAUUCAGCAAUGUUUGACCAGGCCCAGACCGAGAUCCAAACCUUGAUGGAAGAAAAUUCUUACCAGAUGUUUUUAACCUCAGAUAUCUAUCUUCAGUAUGUCAGGACCGGGGGAGAGAAUUCUCUUUUUGCCAGUAACACCGAGCUGGGGAGUAUACAAGUGGUUUGUGGUUACUUACCAACGCUGAAUGAAGAGGAGGAAUGGAUCUGCCCAGACCUCAGAGGCAAGAACUUCCCUCCUGGAGUUGGACUGACCAGCAAAACACUUCGGGUCACCGCUUCUGUGAGGGCCACCGAUGGUAGCAGUGGCAAAUGUUACGGAUCCUAUGGGAGGAAUGGCCCUGUUAACCCAUAUCAUGUUCAAGCUGGCUCUAUCUUCGCUCCAGCAAGUAGUGCAAAUGAUAGUGAAAUCUCCAGUGACGUCAUGACAGAUGACUCGAUGUCAAUGACGGACAGUAGUGUAGAUGGGAUCCCUCCAUACCGGCAUAAGAAACAGCAACAGCGGGAAAUGCAUCGCAGUAUCAGGGCUAAUGGCCAAGUCUCACUACCUCACUUUCCUAGAACUCAUCGUCUUCCGAAGGAGAUGACACCUGUGGACCCAACAGCCUUUGCCACUCAGCUCAUCUCCCGACUGGAGAAGCUGAAGCGGGAGCGAGACACCAUGGACAGCUUGGAGGAGAGACUGCAGCAAAUCAAAGAGGAUGAAGGUGAAGAUGGUGAACUCCCCACAGUAAAAACACAGACGGAGAUGGAACCUGCACCUCCCCAGCACCAGCUGCAUCCACUGACCCUCCUGCCCUCUGGAGGCUGUGACGAUGACCCACAGACCAUCCUGGACGACCACCUGUCACGUGUGCUGAAAACGCCGGGCUGCCAAUCGCCAGGGGUGGGGAGAUAUUCCCCCCCCUCCCAGACACCAGACUGUCUCCGGGGGACAAAGUUUCAACCAGCCCUGGGGCCCCAGGCAACACCCCCAGGGACUUCCAGCAAAGGUGGUAGGAGUGGUUCCCUGGCCAGGAGGAGCACACAGGUGACAGACUGUGUCAGCCCAAUAUCCAGUGAGGGAGCUCUGCCCCUCUCCAGUCCCCAGCUCCCUGGUGAGGAGACAGACCGGGCACAGAACGUUUGGCAGUGGAUGCUGGAGAGUGAACGACAGCCCAGCAGCAAACACAGGCCCCACAGUGUCCAGUGUGUGAAGAGAGGAGGUGUCACAGACUGUCUGAGGGGCAGUGCAGUUGAGCGCACCAGCCGGCAACACGUUGGCAGUACCCACCAGCGGGGAAAUGCUCAGCCAUCCCACCCCUUCAUCCAGGACCCUGCUAUGCCCCCCCUCCCGCCGCCUAACACUCUCGCUCAACUGGAAGAGGCUCGCCGCAGGCUGGAAGAGGAAAAGAAAGUUUCCAAAACACAGAAGCAAAGAUAUUCAACAUCAAGUUUACAACGAGACAGAAAUCAUGGAGCUCCGUCACAGGGAGCAAGCCUGUCUCUGUCCAGCACUGGUCUCCUCACAUCUCCUGUGGAAGAGCACAAAGCGCCAAAGAAACAAGUGGCAUCCGUGCAUGCGGCUCAGUCUGGUGAGCUGGUCGUUACUUACUUCUUCUGUGGAGAAGACAUUCCAUACCGGAGGAUGAUGAAAGGUCACAGCCUGACCCUGGCACACUUCAAGGAGCAGCUUAGCAAGAAAGGAAAUUACAGGUACUACUUCAAGCGAGCCAGCAAUGAAUUUGACUGUGGGGCAGUUUUUGAAGAAGUUCAGAGUGACGAUAGUACCCUGCCCAUGUAUGAGGGAAAGAUUUUGGGGAAAGUGGAGCGAAUCGAUUGAUUAAUUAAAAAGGACUAAUUUUUAAGAACCAUCAAAUUAUGAACAAUUCCACAAGGUUGAAAUAAGCUGUGAGGUAAUGGAAUUCAGGCAUGAAGAAGCUGUGGUGAUGUUUGCCUUACAUAAGAUGUAAAGAUCAUAAAAAUGUUUAUAUAAAUAUACUGGGCUAUAUUGUAGAAGAAUGACCACUAUUGGUUAUUUACAGACAUCCAGGUAUAACUGUGGCUUCCUGAGGGACUACAUAUAUAAACCGAGACUGUAUAGUCCUUGCUCAGUGACACAUCCUGAUAUUUAUUGAACUUGCAUCUGUGUAUUCGGGUUGUGGAAACGCUACUACUGCAAUGAUGUGUCCGCCUUUUCCAUUGGCACCGGCAGCCACUCCUCCCUGACAGCCCCUCCAUCUUCCCAGAACAUUCAUGGCAAUAAUGAGGAACACUUCUAUGGUGCAGUUAAAAUGAAAUUGUGAAGCUGGCUGUGAAUGUUCUCUGAAACAAGUGACCAUGUCUUAAUAUAACGUUUGCUGCUUUGUAUUUGUACCGGAACCAUCACCAAGUCUUAAUGGUCUGGCAAAAAUGACAACCAGCCUUGCCUGUGUCAAUCUUCCAUUUGACAUUUACAUGCUGUCUAGUGCCUUUCAAAUCCAGGAAAAUACACAGAAAUCUUCUUGCGCCUUCAUCCUCAACACCUGCACCACCCCCUCCCCUUCCUGCACCUACUCUGUGACAAUAUCCCAACACUUAAAAGUUACUCAAGUGACACAGAUGUGGAUUAUAAUGUGAAUUAGUGUAUUGUAGAGUUGGCCAACUUGAAGAUGUGUCACCAGUGGAGGGGUAAGUGUGACAGCUGCCCAGUUCCAGUGCUAAUUCAAACUCUGCUCCCAGCAGAGAGCUGCUUGAAGAGAGCAAACUGUGGGCUAGAGAAUUGAUAGUGAACAAUCGCAUGACAUCAGGCUUGGAGUUGAUUCUCUUUUUUCUUCAUGGUUUGAGAUUACAACAUCAGUAACCAAACCCAUUUAGAAUAAGCAGCUUAACUCUGUAUGAAAGAAGUAACAAUGGAACUUUGCAGCCAUGCAUUGCUGCUCACUAAUAUCAUAGAUGCAACUUCAGCCCCCAAUUUCCAAAGUGCAGAGAGCUGAAAAUGGGGGAAGAGAGCCAGUCUUUGGGAACAUGAUCCAUUACCAGAACUGGGGAUGUUACACACUGCUGUUCUGCUGGAGAGUCCAACACCUUCCACUUUCAGACACUGAACAACCAGCUGUACAUUUCUACACCAUUGUGUUUGUAUUUCAGAAUUCCAGAGUUGACUGUUUUCUUUGUGUUGCCAGUGGCCCCUCUCUCAGUACUGUAGGAUUAUUGUGUAAAGAUUAUUCUCCUGUCAGAGUCAGACCAUCGUGUAGCAGAGAUUUUUUUUUUUUUAAGUUUUAUAGUUCCAAAAGUGAUAAACUUUUAAGAUGCGGAGAAUCAAAUCCCAUCCCCAAAAAUGCAAAAAGUACCGGGGCAGAAAUGACUGCAUGUGCUGUUCUCAUGAAAACAAUUCACACACGUGUGUUAAAUUAAUGCAGAGAGGAACCAGGUCCAAGUGUCACUCUGAGAAGGGGCCUGACCCCAGUAUCAACUCUUCUCACCCAACACUCUCUUAACUAUCACUCUGACUUUUGGCCACACUACUGGACAUGACUUGUACAAUACCUGUGUAAAUAUUGUGGAGAGUUUUACACACUAUUACUAGUGUUUCUUGUUUAUCCAGUACAGUACCUGUGCCUGCAUGGUAUUAUUAAUACUGUGUGUCACCCUGCAUUGAGGGUCACCUCUCCCUUUAUUAAUAAGGGUUUAUGUAUAAAGAUAUUUUUAUGCUUUUUUGAGUGUUGUAACCAUGUUUUAUGGCAUUUUAUUCUACUUUCUGUAAAUUAUGCAUUACAAAAGAGUUUGAUUUAAGAAUCCUUCGUACCAUAAUUAUGUAAUUAUUAAGAGAUGUAGCCUUUAUUAAAAUUUUAUAUUUUUCAAAUGAA